AAAAUGAGGAUUUGUAAGGUGACAUCAGAUAAGCCUGGCCAUGUGGCUGUUAUCUUUUUCUUGUUGGGAAUGGGAACUCUGCUUCCAUGGAACUUCUUCAUAACCGCAAUGAAUUAUUUCACUGACCGUUUGAGAAAUAGUACAGAUUCUUCACAGUCAGACCCAUAUAUGUUUGAUAACAUGAGUGUGCUGUUAGCCCAGCUUCCCUUGCUGCUAUUCACACUUCUCAACUCCUUUCUAUACCAGCACAUUGCGGAGAAGAUGCGGAUUGCAGGUAGCAUGGUCUUCAUAUUACUUCUCUUCAUUCUCACAGCCAUUUUAGUAAAAGUUAAGAUGGACUUUUCCAUUACCAUGGCAACAAUCUGGUUUAUUAACAUGUUUGGGGCCGUUCUGCAAGGUAGUCUGUUUGGUCUGGUCAGUAAGCUACCCCCAAGAUUCAGCUCCCUGUUUAUGAGUGGACAGGCAGUGGCAGGAAUCUUCUCGGGUCUUGCCAUGCUGUUAUCGAAUAUCUUUAAAACCGACUCUGAGAGUUCUGCCCUUGAAUAUUUCAUUAACCCCUGUGCCGCCACCAUACUUACUUUGUGCUGCUAUCUCAUACUUCCGCAUCUGGUAUCUCAUACUUCCGCUCUCAAGCAAGAACCUGAGGAGAAGUCAACUGUGCCACAGGUCUUCAAAAAGAUAUGGGUGAUGGCAUUUUGUGUGACAUGCGUGUUUGCCGUCACGCUGUCCGUUUUCCCAGCAAUUACAGUAAAUACAAAAUCUUCUGGCUUAUUUGAAAAGAACAUCUUUAUACCUUUGUGUUCAUACAUUGUCUUCAAUGUGAUGGACUGGAUAGGCAGAAGUCUCACUUCUCGUUUUCAGUGGCCUUCGAUGAAAAGUAAUUUAUUCCCUCUUUUCGUGGUAUUACGGGUAGUUUUCAUUCCUGCCCUCAUGCUCUGCAAUGUUCAGCCUCGCUUCUAUCUUCCAGUCUUUUUCAAUCAUGACAUGACUUAUAUUAUCUCCAUGUCUUUGUUUGCCAUCACAAGUGGAUAUUUUGCCUGCCUCUCCAUGAGCUAUGCUCCACAGCUGGUGAGGCCUAAAGAUGCAGAGACAGCAGGGGCUCUGAUGACCUUCUUCCUGGCUUUGGGACUCUCUCUGGGUGCCGCUCUCUCCUUUGGCCUUAAAAAAAUUAUUUAGGGAAAAUCUCACAAGCUGACACUGCUGUUAUCUC